UUUUUUAGAGAACUUGGUUGUGAAGCAGCUGCACCAACCAUGCAAAAUUCUGAUUUUUUCAAAAACAUCUCGCUACAUGUCAACUGGAGCGGUAUGAUCCAGGAAUUUCCCAGCGGAAGACAUCUGGCAGCGCUGCCCAGUGUUUCAAAAGUAGGCGUGUGUGAGCAGCUAGCAGCUGAAACUUCAAAAAUGGUGGAAAGAGAAAAGCCAUUUGCAGUAAUUGGUGGUGACCAUAGUUGUGCCAUAGGUACUUGGAGUGGGGUUGCGAAGGCACUGCGAUCAAAAGGCGACCUCGGUCUGAUUUGGAUUGAUGCUCAUUUGGACGCACAUACACCAGAAUCAAGUGAUACCGGUAAUAUACAUGGGAUGCCAGUAGCACAUUUACUUGGCCAUGGAGCAAAAGAGCUUUGCGAAAUUGGUGACAAACUACCAAAAAUUUUGCCCAAAAAUAUGGCUUUCAUUGGGAUCCGAAGCUACGAGCCACCAGAAAAAAAACUUCUGGAAGAACUUGGAACUCGAGUGUUUUAUAUUGAGGAAGUGAACCAAAAGGGUAUUGACACGUGUUUCAAAGAAGCUAUCGAGACUGUUACAAAGAAUACUGUUGGUUACGGGAUCAGUAUUGAUAUUGAUGGAUUUCGCGUGUCUGACGCGCCAGCGGUCGGAACCCCCGUUGAGGGCGGAAUUGUUGCAGCGGAUUUCUUGCACUCAAUGAAAAAACAGAACCUCUCAAAAUUAAUCGGUUUAGAGGUUGUAGAAUUUCUACCAAAAUUUGACGACGCAAAUAAAACAAGUGAACGGCUGGUAGCGAACCUAAUUGAAACGAUAUAUCGACGACGAUUUGAGCUGUUUGGAUUACGAGAAAGCGCUCAUCAGGGCUAG